CGAUCGACUUUCAAACUGGAGGAUGGCUUUAAACGUUUUUACCUUACUAAUGCACGUCAUGCUUUUUAUGGGUAUGACGGUACGUGUACUGGGCUACGACCCGGAGGACAAAUCGUUGAAGGACAUAUUGUUGCCGGAGGGUCAGUUCGAGGCGUUUUACUUGAAAGGAUCGCAGGAGGAGCAACAAAACGCCGUGAGGCCGGCACAUCUUCACGGAUCGUUCCAUCAGUACAAAAACCCCGCUCUCGUCGGCGCGCCUAACAGCGCCGCUUAUGGUUUCCGCUUCGAUGGAAAGCGCCGUUUCAACUACAAUUAAGCCGACGCGCGCCCAGAGACUCGUUUAAUGCAAACGAUUGUAAUAUCUUAAGCGUAUACGUAGAAAAUUGCGAUGUUUCGUGUUACGGCGUUAUUAACGGUUAAUACAUGCAAUGUAUUAUGCAUCAGGUGCUUUACGUUUAGCACAAACGAGCCGAAUUUCUCGAUUAAUUACAUUUCUCUUUUUGAUGAUAUUGUUUUCUUAAUCUGAAGAACGAUUUCUAUCGAUUGCCGUUCGUGAUCUUUUUCGUAAUCCUUCGAGAC